GGAAGAAGCUGGAGCCUCUGGAGACCUACGUUCCGGCUGUGCUGCUGACUAUCGACCAGUUCGUUGAUCUAGAGAAAUCCUUAGAAUUUGAGAAGCCAAGGUUUGACGAGACCAGAUCAUUACUUCGCUCCGGACCAGCAUCAUCUCUACGAAUCAACAUUCGGGCAGUGGCACAAUAUGCUGACAGUACUGGUCAAGGCAAAGCUGCAUCAGACGCUGUGGACGAAUGCUUACGACACCAUGUUGACUCGGCGAAGAACAAGACGGUACGACCGUCGUGGUACGCGGCGGAGAAGAAGAUGGUGCAAGGCGACGGCGAGGCCCAGCGUCGGGAGCGCGAUGGCGGCGCCGGGAGAUAGCACAGCAGCGCCUCGGGCUCGACGCGGAUGUCGCAUGGCUCCGCCUCGCCGCGGCCAGGAUGAAGGGCGGCGUCGGGGACGACAGCGGAAGUGGCCGGCGCUCGAGGCGGACUUUGGCUGCCACUGUCGGCGGCGACGGAGCUCCAACGCCGAGGACUCCCCCAUCUCCGUUCUCUCCGACAAGCUCCUCCUUGAGUACCUCGCCAGCUCGCCUGCGUGCUCCCGCCGCCCAGGGAGGAAGAGGCCCCCGACCUCAGGACACUGGCCAAGGGAGGAGCAGCGCCGGGAGGGAGCCGGACGGAGGAAGCUGGCGGCAGACGGCAGGCGAGCUGCAGGAGCAGCGCUGACGGAGCCACGGAGUAAGCUGGCAGCAGGCGAGCAGCAGGAGCGGCGUCGAGAGGAACAAGUCCCGAUCCGUUUUUUUUUUUUUUUGCCAUCCCGUUCGGCAGCAGGAGAGGGAAAGAAUAGAGCAUUGGAAGAUCUCGACUCGCUGCUACUACAUGCAUCACGGAAUGACCCUACUGCAUCUGUUGAGACCAUGAGGAGCAAGAUCAGUGUUGCCCUUGGAGCAUUGGACAAUCUCUUGCAAACUGUGCCAUCUGCGGUCCUGGAUAAAGGAAAGGCGAUUGCUGAUGCAUAUCGGACUCCCGCAGAUGAUUAUGUUGAGGAAAAUGCUGCCGAGUUGGAUCCCAAGCUGAAAGAGUUGGAGGAUAUUCUUUAAGCUUGAAUUUUGUUAAAUCCAAUACUAACUACUUCCAGCGAUGCGACUAUAUUGUAGAGUGAAAUUUAGAGAGAGGGUAUCGGUACAUCAAUUUCUUUUUUUGUAAUACUUCCUUAUGUUUAUAAUAUACUUGUUUACGUAAUCAAAUUGUCUGAAUGGUAAAUUUAUAUGGAUAAAUUUCUGAUGGCUGCAACCUAUAUGUGCAGCCAGGGGAAGAUCA